UUAAAAAUUGAAAGAUUGAUAUAAUUUUUAUAAUUUCCUAGUUAAUAUCAUGCAAAUUAAUAAAAUGGAAAAAGAUAUAAACUGAAACCCCCUUCCAGAAUACGGUAUUGGAUUUCACUCAAAUGUGGAAUCCAAGGACUUGGAAAAAACAGGAUUAUAAAGCUUUCGCGAACCACGAAAUGAUUAAUGAAAACGACCAAAAAUUAUCGGAAACUAAUACUAAUAACAACAAUAAUUAUUAUUCGACAGAACUAAUCAAAAAUGAUUCGAAUUUGAAUAUAGGCCCUAGUAAGCCUCAUUUACAAAAUAAUAACGAUAGUAAAAUUUUAGAUUCCAAUUUUAGCUUGGUCAAAAAAUCCGAAAAUAAUGGCAACGCGACAAAAGUCGUCGACGGAAACAUCGAAUUUGACAUAAUCUAUGGACGAGAAGGUUUGACGCGCGGAAACGUCGAUGAUGGGGUUAAAAAAUUUUAUUCCAACAACAUCAAUCAUAACAGCAAGAGCCAUUUAUCAUUAGAUGACGGUAUCGAGGUCUCGUCAAACAGAGGAAAAUUCGUUCAGAAUUGGUUAAAACCUACCUUUUCAGAAUGUUUGGCAACUAUGGUACUUGUUUACUUUGGAACAUUGCAGUCUACUUCUGGCUUAGGUUUGGCGGGUGUGGCUUUGACCCAUGGUCUAAUUGUGAUCGUUCUCGUAGCCCUAUUCGGAAAUAUAAGUGGGGCACAUAUGAACCCAAUGGUUACUCUAGGCAUUGCAUUGAAUGGAGCUAUCAAAAUCAAAAAGGCGUUUUUCUACAUUCUCGCCCAGCUUAUCGGCUCUAUUUUAGCCUCCGGCUUAUUUUUCAUAUCUACCAAUGCCAAAAUUUACGAAGAAAAUCUUGGUGGGAUGGUUACUUUCGACACUCAAAAACAGAUGUUGGGAGGCGUGAUAACCUGUGAGGUAUUUCUUACGACCACAUUUUUGCUCCUGAUUUUGGCACUAGUUUUGCAAGAUAAAAAUGAUGGAAGUUCGGAUCAUAUCAGCAAUAGUUAUGCUGGGCCGGGGGUGCCCUCUUAUAUAGUACCAUUCCUUGUUGGGUUAACUGUUAUUGCGGCCGUAAUAGCUGGUGGUACUGUUAGCGGCGCAGCAAUGAAUCCAGCCAGAGUUUUGGGUCCAUCUUUUGUUUAUAUUAUGAUUAAGGGGAGAGAUCAUUACCAUCACAUGAAUACUCAAUACGUUUAUUACAUAGCAGAACUAAUUGGAUGCUUCAUAGCUGUGCUAUUAUACAAGUUCGUGCUAAAACCUCCAAAGAGAAAAAGAUCGACUACAUAUUAAGUCUUUAUGUCAAAUAUAAAUUUGAUACAUUUUUUUAUAUAUGCACAAUCAUAUCAUAAAAUGAAAAGGUUCCUAUUUUAUAUAAUAAAUAUUAUAAUAUGUAAAAAAAAAUACUAUUAUAAUUAUUAAUUUUUUUUGAAUUUAUUUUAUACAAUUAUAAAUUAUAAAAAUUUAUAACAUUUUAAACUAUCCCUUCCCUUUUUAAGUAUUAUCAUUAAUGUCGCCUCGUUUAAACUUAAUGUUAAAUUAAUCACUGUCAGUUGUCAUAAAGAAUGACCCUAUUUAACUUAAAAAUGGCAGCGAUUAAGCUAAACAAGAAAGUAAUUAGGUUAUAAGGUUAAGGGUUGUUGAUUAUAAAUGAUACAUGCAGAUUUAAUUUAAAACAUUUUCAUAUUUUUUAAUUCGUUUAUAUAUAAAGAUAUUUAGCUUGUAAAAAUUGAUAAGAAUAAAUAUGUUAUUUUAACAAUUUUUUGCAAAUCAAAUAAUUUUAUUUUCAAAUAAAUAAAAAAUAUGGAAAUGUUUUCCAUCAAAUCUGAUCAACACUUAUUUAUAUAUAUAAUAUCUAUAUUAUAAUUCCA